UGAUUUCUUUCUUUCUUUCUCGAUCUUUCCUUAGCAUGCACGAAUUUCGGAUUUUGUUUCUUGAGGCUUGAUGAUGAAGAUAUUUCAUUAUUUUACAUAUCUAUUUCACUGCCGAGUUGGUUGAUCAUAGUAUUUUUUAUUACUAUAUUGAUAGAAUGAGUUGGCUGAAAAGGCUUAUUUUUUGUUCAAGAAUAUGUGACCAGAAAGUGAGUGCAUGAUGAUUGGCGUUUUAUUCAAUCCAAGUUUUAUUUUAUUUGUAAUACUAUCUUUUUUGGUUGAGGUCAAUUAUUGUAGAACUUGAUACUAUUAAAGUAAUGAUGAAUUCUGAGGAAUUGAAGAAUUAAAAUUUCUUCUGGAGUUGCUGUGUUCAUCCAAGGUGGGAAUAAAUCUCAAUUAGUAAAAUCAUUCCCCUUAAUUUGAUUAUUGGAUGCAGAUUGUUGCAGUAUUUGGCACAAUUAAGGAGUUGAAAGGAGAGAUCUUUAACAAAAUGAGGACUCUCAUUAGGGCCGUGAGGCAAUUUAGGCCAGCUUUCAGGUCAAGACGAAAUAUCAUAUACGAUGCCUCGUCUAGAUCACGUGAUUUUUGGUUCAGAAUGGAUCACCGUUCUAUGUAUAGCAUGUCCCAUAGCAAAAACGAUUUUUGUCAAAGUAAUUAUACACACAUGAUCCACAGAGCUACUAUAUCAACUGAUGUAGCUGCAAUGACUAAUGGAGAACUAAAUGGCAGAGGGCCUCUGCUAGAAUACGAGCGUAGGAUAGCUGCAGGUGAACUUUUGGAUGGAGAUGCUUGCCAGCUUAAUACGCUGGGAGAGCUUCAAAGACUAUACAAUGAGCUUGUUGAAAAAGAAGAAGUUUGCCGAUUGGAUCGUUAUGCUACUUCUGAGAAAGCUGGGAGGAGUAGGUGGUUGUGGUCACGUUUUAUACCCCAGUCUUCAGAUGCUCCUGUGAGGGGGCUUUAUCUGUACGGAGGAGUGGGGACUGGAAAGACUAUGUUGAUGGACUUAUUUUUUAAUCAACUUCCUUCCAAUUGGAGGAAGAAGAGGAUCCAUUUCCAUGACUUCAUGCUAAAUGUUCACAGCCGUUUACAAAAGCACAAGGGAGUCUCAGAUCCCUUAGAAGUUGUUGCUGGAGAGCUAUCCGAUGAAGCAAUCUUGCUAUGCCUUGAUGAAUUCAUGGUGAAUGAUGUUGCUGAUGCCUUAAUUCUCAAUCGUCUAUUUCGACAUUUAUUCAGCAAUGGAGUUAUUCUCGUUGCUACUUCAAACCGAGCUCCAGAUAACCUCUAUGAAGGGGGCUUGCAGAGGGAUCUGUUUCUUCCAUUCAUUGCUACUUUGAAGGAAAAAUGUGUAGCUCAUCAAAUCGGUUCCUCAGUGGACUAUCGGAGAAAGACAUCGGCAGAACAAGGUUUCUACUUUGUCGGAAAGCAUUUGUCAGGCCGUCUCAACAAAAGAUUCUAUCAGUUAAUUGGUGAACACACAGCUUCUCCACAAGAGGUGGAAGUUGUCAUGGGGAGAAAAUUACAGGUCCCACUGGGCGCGGAUGGCUGUGCUCUCUUCCCUUUUGAGGAACUCUGCGACAGACCUCUUGGAGCCGCAGACUAUUUUGGGCUGUUUGCAGAAAAAUUCCAUACGCUGGCACUGGAUGGGGUGCCGAUAUUUGGGGCCUCCAAUAGGACGGCAGCGUAUCGGUUUGUGACUUUAGUUGAUGUUAUGUACGAGAAGAGAGCUAGACUAUUAUGCAGCGCUGAGGGGACUCCAUUCCAACUCUUGGAACGGAUUGUAACAAUAGCCGAUGCUCAGCAAGUGGCACCAAGGACCUCUUCGAGAUCGAGGAAAUCAGAUGACUCCGACAUUUGUGUGGACGACGAAUUAGGUUUCGCUAAAGACCGCACCAUUAGUAGGUUAACAGAAAUGAAUAGCAGAGAGUACUUGGAGCAACAUGCGGAAGCCUUGCUAGAAAAGCAUAGCCACCAACAUGUCUUGUUGUAAUAGAAUUUUUUAGAUGACUUCUUUUGCAAUAAUACCAUGUCAAGAAAUUGUCUUGUGUUUAUACAAUGGUUCUACUUCCAUUUUAUUGCUAUUUUAUGUGUAUACUA